AUGGCCACAGUUUCAGUUGCCAGCUCGACAUCAGCACUAUCCCAUCAAGACCUCUCUGGCCAACGACCACCAACAAUGACCACCCAACCCCAACCCCAACCCCAACCUCAAUCUCAGUCUCAGUCUCAAUCCCCAGCCUACCUCGAAACCCACGCCAUCCUAACUCACCUCCUUACCACACUUCAAUCACCUACUUGCCCCUACCACAAGCACUAUUCCCCAUGGAUAACCCACCACACCAUCCCCACCCUAACAACCACGCUCCUAUCCCUCAUACGGGCCCCCGUCUGGACAUUCCUCUCCACGCCCCUCUGGUCCCUGGACGCUCUAAAGCAAAUCUCGCCCUACCCAGGCGACCUACGCUAUGAAGGCCGAGCCAUCUAUCUCAACGGAAUCUUAGGCCUAGACAAGCGCUUACGAGUGCGAGACAAUGGGGGCUUGCAUUAUUUUGGGCUAGAGAGGAGUGCGUGGAAUGUUUUUGCGGUCUUGUGUUUUGUGCCCAUGGGUAUGGAGGAGGUGGUACUGACGAUGAAUGUGCUGGAGAUGCUGAUGUGUCUUGUUUUUCGCAGUUUGCCGGUGGAGAAGUUGAGGGAGUGGUUGCCGCUCAGCGAGGACGAAGUUGAUGAGACUGGUGCUGUUGUUAGUCAAAAGAGGAGGAAAAGCAGGGAGGGGGUGGUGGGUGGUCUUAAUAUUGCAUCUCCGCUAGAUCAAGGUCUUAUAUCCUUUAAAGAUCAGCCCUUUGUAGACUUGAGCGGCGAGGAGGAUGAGCUUGUGCAGGAGUGGUUGAGAGAAUUGGAGAGAAAGAGGGGGGAGAGGGGUGGGGUGUCUGAAAAGGUACUGUUGGAGAAGAAGGGGGUUGUGGAUAGGGAAAAGGUUGAGGCGAGAAAGAAGGCGUAUGCGGAGAAGGCGAGAGGGUAUAAUAUGCAUAUUGAGAAAGACGGUGUUUUUGUGCCGCAUUGGGUGCUGUUAGGGGCGGCAGCUGUGGUGGUGGGGUGGGGACUCUUUAGGAGUAGUGGGGGACCAAGGAGAUUGUAA